ACAGGGAAUUUAUUGGCAUGUAAAUCAGUGUGAGAAAAUACAUUUUACUUGUAAAAAAAUCCUCUUUCUGAAUCCUCCCAGUCAACAGUUAACGGUUAAACAAAACAGACCUGUUCAAACGCUUGAAAGAAUGUCUUAUUGCCCAGUUAUGCAACUCGUGCUGCCUCCUACUUUCACUGGAGCUCUUCAUGUGAAGAAGACCUGAAAGGUUCUCCUUUGCUUUUGCGUUGGAAGGAAAGUGCAAUGGAUUCGAUGAACGCUGUAAAAGCUGCGAUGAUUCUGGUGUGUACGGCGACCUGUGGAGCCAUGCCCACCUCUUCACCCCGUCAAGAAAGUCUCUCCAAAGCCCAGAACUACCUGUCUCAGUUUUUCUCUGAAGUCGGGGUCGCUUCUCCCUCCUCUGUCAUGCGGAGUUCUCUGGACUCUUUCAAUGACACGUUAAGAAAAAUGCAGGAAUUCUUUGGUCUGGAAGUGACAGGGCAGUUGGACUCUCACAGGAUUACCGACUACACACCAGAUAUGAGCCAAAGGGACGUCGACUCCACCAUAGCCAAAGCCUUCAAGCUGUACAGUGAUAUUAUUCCAUUGGAUUUCCAGCAGUCUGACAGUGAAACAGCUGACAUCAUGAUUAAGUUCAAGUCUGGAGACCAUGGGGACUUUGCUCCAUUUGACCGUCAGAAUGGUGUACUGGCACAUGCGUUUUCUCCUGGAGAGGGCAACGGAGGGGAUGCCCACUUUGACGAGGAUGAAAACUGGACUCUGACCUCAGAAGGAGCCAACCUGUUUUUAGUUGCUGCACAUGAGUUUGGCCAUGCACUAGGGCUGGUUCACUCUCAGGAUGAGAUGGCCCUGAUGUUCCCCACCUACAAAUAUGUGGACACGGACGGAUACACACUGCCAGAUGAUGACAGGGAAGGUGUGCAGGCUCUCUACGGAGUCAGAUCAGAUAUUCUCCCAAAACCACAGCCUGAGCCAACAUCAGGACCUCCUCUGGACAGGUGCAACAGGGACCUGGUGUUUGAUGCAGUGACCACAAUAGGAGGGAAACUUUUCUUUUUUAAAGACGGAUAUUUUUGGAGAAAGGGCGGCCGCUGGGAGGGCAUCACCAGGCAUAAAAUUCAGUCUGUCUGGCCUGGAAUCCGCAAAGUUGACGCAGCUUAUGAGAAUAAGAAGAGGAAUACUGUCAUUUUCUUUGAAGGGAAUCAAUACUGGCAGUUUCGAGGUAAAACCGUCCUGCCUGAUUAUCCCAAACGUCUCAGUGACUUCGGCUUCCCUUCGUCAGUCCCCAAAGUGGAUGCUGCUGUUCAUGUGUCCUCCAUAAGCAGAACUCUUCUCUUUGUAAACAACAAAUACUGGAGCUACAACGAAGGGUGGCGCAGAAUGGACCGUGGCUACCCCAAAUUCAUCCACAGGCAUCUGCCUGGGAUUGGUCACAGAGUGGAUGCUGCUUUUGAGAACAGAGGUCAGCUGUACUUUUCCUCCGGCUCAAGACAAACAGAGUACCACUACCAACGAAGAAGAGCGCUUCACACUCUGAUGAACUACUUGUGGCUGGGUUGCUGAACACCUGUUCUGUAUUUCAUUCAGGAUUUUAAAGGUUGGGACACAUGGCGAAAACUGAUUAUGUUUCCACUCACUAGCAUUUUCUUUGGUUUGUUUGGAGAGAAGACGAGUAAAAACAUCUACAUGUACUUUUCUGUAAAUCUUGCAGUGGACAAAAAUACCAUUACAAUUGUUUUGUUGGGAAGGUUGUUUAGAUAUGGCAACUACCAAUGUAGUAAAAGAAAAUGCAGUUUAAUUUUUUUUUUUCAUGUAAUAAUUACAAUGAAUUUUACAUAAUUUUCCACAAAUAUCAACAACCCAAAGGAGAAAAUGUGUAUAUUGUCUUUGUUUGACAAUAAUACUUAGAACAUAAAAUCAGAAAUAAAAUGAUUGGUGUUAAAAAUGA